AUGGAGGAUAGGAAAAAUGAAGAUUUGAAAGGAACAGAACCGCCCGAAAACCCGGUUCAACAAGGAGUUUCUGUUGAAGAAACAGCUACAAAAAUGGUAGAUUCUGAAGAAAUGAUUUCUGGGGCAAAAACAGCAAUAGAGACGGUAUCAGACAAUAAUGACGAUGAAGUUCCCACACAUAUGGUGCGAACAGAGUUUACGCAGCAGGAUAAUCCAUUUGCGUUGUUGGAAGAGUCGGAACCGCGAUCAAGGGCGACGACGACUGCGUUUGGUCAGAAGAAAAAGCAGCUUGUAAACCCAAAUCAGCAGUAUAAGGAGGAAUUGGAGGACGGAGAGGAAGAAGCGAUACACAACGGUGAACCAGGUGGCGUGGUAGCGGAGAACAACAGUCGAAAGAGUAGCUCUGGAAGCAUUGAUUUGUGUCCUGCUGAUGUGAAGCGGGAUGCUGUGGAUGUUCACCCUCACACAAGGGACAAAGUUUACAUUUUGGAAGCGUCAAAGGUGUCUGAGGGACAGGGAAGAACGUACAUUGCCUAUACAAUCAAAUAUGGGAACAAGACGGUAAGGCGAAGAUAUAGCGAAUUUGAAAGCUUGCGUAAAAUACUCAUCAAGUUGUUUCCUAUGACUCUCAUACCACCAAUUCCAGAAAAACAAUCAUUGACUAGCUAUGGAAAGUCGAUUGCGGGAUCAAAGGCCAGUUACUUGUUACCCUCUGAAGCUGCUGGCUCUGUUGAUCUUUCGCUUUCCGUGAUAAACGGCUCUGUCAAUACUAACGACGAGAAGCUGAUUAGACAUCGAAUAAGGAUGCUCACGAGCUUUCUCAACCGGCUGUUGAAGAACAAAGAAGUGACUAAAACUUCCAUAAUCACCGAUUUUUUGGAUCCCAACAACACGAAUUGGAGCGAUGUGAUUACAAGCUCUGCCACAAUAUCGUCUUUACCAAAAAGCGCCCUUCAAUGCAAUCCGUUGGAUCCUACCAAUACUACUAAAGCUCACGCUUACCUCCCGGUUCCUUCUUCUUCGUCGCAACUUUUGCAUAAGGAUGCUGUUGGUGGUGGCCAUUUUGAAGAUCCGGAUGACGGUUUCAACCAGAUUGAUCACGAAUACAAAGAAUACGAGGGGAUCAUCAACGAUGGGUUUUACAAAUAUAACAGAAGGAUAACAAAAAAUCUUUUUGCUUUGAGACAAGACAUGAAAGAGCUAAGUGAAGCUUUUGCAGAGUUUGCAAACGAUCAGAAAAGAGGUGCAGAACUCGCAGAACAGUUGUCUCAUUUUAGCAAUGCAUUUGACGAAAGCGCCAUCGAGCUUGAGUCCAUUGUGGGAAAACUGUAUUACAACAUAAAUGAGCCUCUGAGUGAGUCGGUCCACAUGGCAGGAGCUGCAAGAGAACUUUUAAGAUAUCGGAAACUCAAAAUGGUGCAAAAGGAUAUUUUGAAUCGAACUUUAUUGUACAGAAAGGCGCAAUUGAAGAAGUUUCAAGAACAAGAACAGGAUGCAAAGCAAAUUGACGAUUUUGUAGGUCAGCAGAUGAAGGACAGCGGUCAUAUUAAUUUACAACAUCCGGAAGCGAAAAGUUACAGCGGCAAAUUUUUCAACAAGAUCAAUAAAUUUGCCUCAAUGGUACGAGAAACGGUCAGCUACCAAGAUGCUGAUCCCGCAAUGGCAAAAUCAAAUCUCGAAAGGGAUAUUGAUCAAUUAACAGAAUCGCUUCAGGUAAGCGAGAAGGAUUUAAAGAUCAUAUCCGCCACUAUAAGGGACAUUCAAUUGCCCAGUUUUGCUUCCGACAGGAGCAAGGAAGUUUCUGAGAUUUUCAAAAACUAUUCCAGGUAUUUGGAGCAUUUUGCAAACAAGAAUCUAGAGAUAUGGCACGAAGUGAAAAACCGUCAAAACAACCUCGCUGACCUGUGA